AUGUCGAAACCGACCUUUCUCCAGUCGGUCCUCGGCCGCCCAUCGCGCAGCUAUGCAGAUUUCGCGCACGCCGAUGACCGCAGUUUAAACCGCAAGGCGUCGUCCUCGAGCUUCGCGUCGAGCGGGUACGGCGCCGACCGGCGGUUCUAUGCUGCUCCCUCGGCGUCCGCUUCUCCACCACAGCGGCCGCGCUCGACGGCAUCAUUCUCCCAACGCGACAGUGCGUACGACCACGUCGACGCCGUGGAGCGCAGCAGCGAUGUUGGCGCACCCCGGCCGCCUGCCUUUCCCGCGUCCAUCCACGAGCGGAGAGCGCGCAGAGUUACAAGCGAUAACGCGUUACGUUAUUCUGCGCCGCCGCCGCCUCGGCAUAUCGCGUUCGCAGAGGAGGACGAGUACGACGACGACGGUGGCAUCGACCGCGGCCAUCGCGACGCGCGCGUCGAACCACCGAGGCAGCGGCGCACACGGACCACUGCAGCCAACGGCCACGUGCACGACCUUCCUCGCCACGAGCCCGAGCGCGUGCAACGUGUGAGGGAAGCAGUGCACGCCGAGGCGGAGGAAGAGGAAGAAUUCGAACCUGUUCAUGACGCGACGCCCGGGUUCGACUCGGUGGAGAGGCUGGCCCCUGGCACUGGAUCUGACCUGUCGGCAGUGUCAGCGUCUUCGGGCUCGGCGCCAUCAUCGCUCAUCGUCUCACCGCAGGUCUCGACCACCCCAGGUCUAUUAUUCAAGCCCAAUGACGCGGCUCACGCCGUCUCCAAGCCUGCCGUGCCUGCACCACCCCGAGCAACAACACUUCCCGUGCCUCCCGUCGACGACAGCGAGAGCGAGGACUCGGACAACGAGCAGUUCUACACACCCAGCUCGUCGUUCAUUUCGCUAAGCGAAACCGCUCAUGACGACACCGAGGCCGAGGAGACACCACAAGUCACCGUCUCUGCGUUACCUAUUCUCAGGCUCCAGCCGCCAACCCCAGCACCUAUUCCUGAUCCUGUUACUUCUCCGCUCGACUCUGCAUUAGCAAGCGAUGACUCGCCAACCACGCCUCGCGCCUUCCUCGCUCCUGGCGAUGCCGAUCGGAUACCGCUCCGGCUUGAGCCGUUGGACGAAGAGCUGGACGAGGUACCCGAGCUCGUUGAGCCGCUAAAGGUUCGCAGGAAGAAGUCGUCCAAGAAGACUGUGGACACGCCGCCCAAGGUGAAGAAGGUCGUGGCUCCAGAGAUCGACACGCCGACGGCGAAGCCGAAGAAGGUCCCCGUUCUGAAUAUUGGAGCCUCACCCUCCAAGGUGAAGAAGGCCGAGGCCGAGCUCGAGACACCGCCACCUCUUCCUCCCAAGCCUGCGUCGAAUGCCCACGGCCGUGUCCGUGGCGCUGAAAUCGUCAUCCUCGGCGGCAAUGACCGGCCUAGCCGACCGACACUCCAGCGCUCCUCGAGCAGCGCGUCGACAGCACGCCCGCGCAGCCAGUCUGCCUUCAACCUUGACGAGGUGGCUGCGGCGGCCCCGACCCUCACGCGAUCCAAGUCGACAAAGUCGGUCAAGUCAAUCAAGUCGGUCAAGUCGGUCAAGAGCCUCAGGGAGAAGCCGUCAGUGAAGGCGCUCUCUGACGUCGGCAGAGCAACCCCAACUCGCGCCACACCGUCGCCCCCAGCAUCCGUCAUCGCCGCGCUCGCGUCGGGCCAUGGCCGCCGCAUCUCCCAUGAUUCCCGCGACUCGGCAUCGAUAGCAGCCUCUGACAUCUCCCGCCCGCCGUCCGUCAUUAGGCCAGAUAAUGGCGCCGUCGGUGUCCGGGCAGCGGGGUACGGCAAGGGUGGAUGGGCAGCAGCGUCGGCGGCCCCUGUCGUCAUGUACAUGCCGAAAGAGGGCGACGACGGGUGGGCAGCCUUUCAGCCCCUCCCUCCGCGAUCUCGCUUCGCGCCAAUGCCUGGUGCACCAUCGUCUGCUCAGCAUGAUGGGCCGCACGGCAGCACCGACGGCAGCAGAUACAGCGGGUAUACCCCGAGCUGGGCCUCGAGCGCCUCGCAGCCUGUCAGUGUCCCCAGCCAAACUUCAGUCGCUCCGAGUACAGGCAGCGGCGAAUCGGGCGGGUAUAGCUCAAGAAGACCAAGCAGUGAGAUUGGUGGCCAUGCGCCCGUCGUCGUGGUCCCGGCUCCAGCACCUCCAGCCCCCGCUCCAAGUAAACUGCGCGACCCGGUUCCCGACUCGGACUCGGAGUCUGAAGAGGAGCUCGAAGCGCCGAGCAGGUCCUACGCACACCCGGCUCAGACGGCCACACCCCCUCCCCUCAUCCAACCCCCGCUUGCAAGGGUGCCUGUUGCUGAGCCCGUGUAUGACUACGCCAGCGAAGCGGGCACCCCGGCUGGAGGCAGUCGUGCGCCAAGCGAGGUUGGCUCGGGGUCGUACAACGGCACAGCGUGGAACGGUCGUCUGAUCACACCCGACCCUUACGACAUCCCCAGGUCGCGCACAAUGUCGAUGGCCGGCUCAGUCACUUCGUCCUCGCCGCACCGCACAUCAUUCACUCCACGACUGCCGGCCUCUCCCCUUGGGCAGGAAGAAACGCACUACAACCGUUUCUCCGUCGACGAUCAGACGCACUACAAUCGGUUCAGCAGCCUCGCCCAGCCGUCGACGCUCAAUCCCGACGCCAUCACUUUCCUUCCUGUCAUGACCUCGGAGGACUCGGAUCGCCUUUACGUGCCAUCCGAGCCCGGAGACGCAGGUGUCAGACGCGCUAGCAGUGUCUGGAGCUUACCACGCCUGGCACGCUCGCAGUCGGGUCGUGCGCGGUCCGAUGUUGGCCAGGGGCGAGCGUCAUCUGACCUCGGCACGAGCUCCCUCCGCCGCAAGUCUAUGAAUGGUCAACGCAUUCAGCUGUCGUCGCGAGGCGAGGGCAGCGUCGCCGGCGACGUACCGCUGAUGGAGAGUCACGGUCGUGACCAGACUCGCGUGAACGGCUACACAAACCUCAUCCUCCCCACCGGCGGAGGGUUUACAGACAGCCACGCUCGCCGUUCAAGCGACAUUGACUCGCGCGUCCUGGGCCUGCCACACGCCGCCAUGGCCGCCAUCACUCUUUCCACAGCGCCUCCAACCAACCAGAAGGACGCGACUCCGAUGCACCUUCGACACCACCUCCCCGCGCCUGUCGACUUUACCUCCCACAUCAAGCCGCCUGGAAAGGUUCACCCGUCUCAGAUUCUUGUGCAGAUAUACGCCGUUGCAAUCGACCACGUGGACAUCCUCGCGCUCGACGACAAGACACGCGCUGACGUCGGCAAGUGGAUCCCCGGUCGCUCCUUUGUGGGCCGCUGUAUCUCUGCCGGAGAGCACGAGAAGGACAUUCACCGCGGAGACAUUAUCGUGGGCCUGGUGGACAUCAAGAAGAGCGGCGCGCUGUGCGAGUAUGUGAUCGUUGAGCGGAGACGUGUUGCCCGUCUCAUGCACUCGAACCACCUCUCGCUAGAGCAGCUCGCUGCCCUUCCAAUCCAAGGCAUCUCGGCGCACCGCGCGCUCCGUGGCAUUCUCCGGCAUGGGCAGCAUGCGCUCGUCAUGGACGCACACACGGGUGUGCCGGCUCUCAUCUGCCAAGAGAUGGCGCGCCAUGGUGUGGCUGUCACGGCUGUCAUCUCGGGCGGGGAGGACCACGGGCGGGAGCAGGCUGCGUGUCUACAGCACGGUGCACGCGGCGUGCUCACCGGGUCGCCAGCGACGGUGAUGAACCGCCUCGAGGAGUCGAGCUUCGACAUUGUCGUCGACUCGCGUGGUGGCGCAGUGGUGUACGAGGCGGCGAGGCGGGUCCUGGUCGACGGUGGGAGGAUCAUUUCUCUCGCGUCCGCCGAGCCGUCUUCCGCCGCUAUCGCAGCUCCUCCGCGUCAAGCAUCCGGCCUCGCGAACAUCAAGGCGGCCUUUUCCAAGAGCAAGCGUGGGCAAAAGCACAUCAAGUACACGUACGUCCCGCCUGCGGGCACCGGCGAGCCCGAGGUCGACACGAGCGGGCUCGAUACCCGCGACGUGCUCGAGGAGCCGGUCAUGGCUGUGCUCCAUCCUGUCGUGCGCCACACGGUGCCGUUUGAGCGCGGCGCCGAGGUGUUCCGCUGGAGCAGCGACGGCAUUGAUCGGCUCGGUGUGAGCGCGGUUCGUCUUAUCAACUAG